AAAGGGGGAGAAACUUAAACCGUGGUGUGUUUUUUUGCUGAAUUAAACCGUGGUGUGUUUGCUUGUAGAUUAUUGAACAACCUCUUUCAUUCAGUGUGGGGUUUCCAAUUCCAACGGUCAAGAACCAAAAACCCUAACUCAGUUGAUGUUCGUGAUUGCGUUUUGAGCCACAAACGGAAGAGAGGGAGUAGAUAGUGGAUUGUGGAAACCCUAUUAUUUUGGGGAACCGAAGGUUUUCUAAUUGAAGUUUUACACAAUGGGAGCUGUUAAGUUGGAACUUCGUUGCCCCAAAAAUGUUGAGGGAAUUGCAGCCGACCCUGAACCAGAUUGGAGCUUUGAUGCUCUUUUAACAGAACUUAAUGCAUUGGAAACAAAACUUAGUAGCUCUUCCAAAAUUCCAAUGCCAUUCACGAAAGUGCAAUCACAUCAACUUUCAAAUGGGAAGAGUGUAGAGAGAAGUUCUAGGCCAUUUGUAAUGCGUGUCCUCGAUGAUGAGGUGGAUGACUUUGACAGUGCAUAUGAGGAAGCCCAAGAUCAAAGCUCUCUUUCUGCUAAUCGGUUUAAUUUUAACGACCUUUAUGUUAGUGAUGAUGAUGACUCUGAGAAUGAGUCAGCUCUUGAAAUUCAGCCAUACUUGAUGGAAGAAACAGGUUUGGUGGAAGGAUGUUUGAUGGACCUAACCAGUGAACAUCAGCUUGGGAUCAAGGAGGAGAUUAGGAACAAAAUCUUUGCAAUAGAGUCAGAUCUGAUGAGUGAAAAUGACAAGGUUGCUUCUGCAUUUCUUCGAGUUGAUAAGUAUACAGAAGCAAGGCUUGAAAAUGAGAGAAAGCUUGACACCCAAUAUCAACGAAAAAUUGCCGAGGCACUUGAUAAUCACUUGACUGCUAUCCAAAGGGACCAUGAACUGAGGUCCCAGAUUGAAGAAAGGAAAAUAAGAAGUGAUGCGGCUUAUGAAGGGGCCAAAAGAAAAGAGAAAGCUCUUCUGGAAGAAAAACUCCGCCAAGAAAAAGCCAAAGCCAAAGCAGAAGCUGAGAUGCAGGCGAAGCUCAGAGCUGAAGAAGCAAAUAGGGCUGCAAUGGAAGCUCAACAAAGAGCAACAAAAGAGGCUGCUGAAAGGGAGGCCAAUGAAGCGUCAAGCCAGGCUGCUGUUCAGAAAGAUGCUUCAGGACUGCAAAUGAAAGCCAAAACCAAGGAAUCUGAACUUGGAAAACCGAUAACAUCAGCAUCAGCAGAAAUUUUCUGUUAUCUGAUGCAUAAAAAAGGGCUAUUGGUGGCAGAUGACACUACUAAAGCUGCAGAAGCUGCACUAAAGUUGGAGAGGGAAAGAUUAAAAAAAUUGGAAGACUUGGAUAAAGAAAGCAAGACAUUGGGAUUGAACACGAAUAAGGAUUACGUUUGCCAUGAAAGGAGUAUCUCUAAAUUGAUAAGCCAGAUUACAGGGACUAAUGAUGUUGUCAAACAAAAAGCAUCAGAACUUGUCAAAAUUCUCAAAAAUCCUGCUUACCCUCAAUCUAUCAUUGCUGGAGCAUUUGCUAGAAAGGUUGUUUCACAUUAUGCAAGACCUGGUAGCUCUGCUUUUGCAUGUGGUUAUGUCCUUGUUCUUGUCACUGCAGAGGUUCCACAUCUUAUGGAUCUUAUUCUUGCCGAGCUACACAAAGCUUGCAUCUAUACAGUUCCAAAGCACAUAGUAUACACACAGUCAGCAUUCGAAUCAAAAGAAGCAUAUCUGAAGACUCUUGGAUUUCGAGAAGACGAAGGAAAGAUUGAGAAUGUUAAGGACUAUUUAAUACGAGUAGAAUCAUACAUGAAACUAUACGGCGCUCUGGUUCAGACUGAAAUAAACGGCUUUCAAAACACGCAUGGGUUGAAAGAAGGUUGGGCUUGGAUUGCAAGAUUCUUAAACACUCUCCCUGCUAAUAGAGAUACUGCUGUUGCACUAAAUGCAUUCCUGCGUAUGGCAGGAUAUGCUCUCUUCAAAAGAUACAAAUCCCAGUUCAGAAAGAUUUUGAGCAUUAUCUCUGACAACUUUUUGAAUGCUCUAAGAUCUCAGGAAAAUCCGGCCUUGAACUUGCUCAUUACAGAAAUUCAGUCCUACAUAGAAGACAACAAGUUUCUUGAAGAGCCAGAAGGAAGAAGCUUGGAGACGUCAUCGCUAUCGAGUGUCAGUGUGCCUGAGUCAGAUAACCGAAACUCAUAUCAACACACUGAUCCCCGAAACUCAUACUCUUAUCAACGCAAUGAUCCCCGAACCUCAUACUCAUAUCAACGCAAUGAUCCCCGAAACUCAUACUCAUAUCAACGCAAUGAUCAUUAUUAAUGAUUGAUUAUUCCUCUGUGUAUAUAUACGUAUGCAAAUUACAUACUAUUUAGGCAGUGUUUACCGGUAAUAUUGUAUUAUCUUGUACCCAAUUAAUUUUAUUAUUAUAAAACACUGCCAAUAACUUGAUUUAUUCCAUCUUUUAUAAUACAGCCUACAUCAAUUUUUAGACUGACAUAA